GAACUUGUGGUUCUGUCUCUUCUCCUAAACCUCAAUCGCCGAUCGGCCAGAAGCCAACAACGACGACGGAACAUCCCACGAGAGAGUGAUAUACAAUGGCGGCGAGCCUUAUGAGCAGAGCCGUCUCUAGAACCGAAACCUUCGGCGCUUUCAGACUCUCGCUCAACCUCCUGAGAAACUUCUCAGCGCCGGCGGCGGCGGCGGCAUCUCCGGCCACUGAAAACCCUAGCUCCGAUCCGAUUAAAGCUAAACGAAGGAAGAGUAAGAAGAAUCUAAUCGAGGUCGCUCAGUUCUUACCCAAUUGGGGAAUCGGAUAUCACAUGGCUAAAGCUCACUGGAGCGGAGUGUCUUAUGAGAUCACUAAGAUCAAUCUCUACAAGGAUGGUAGACAUGGAAAAGCGUGGGGGAUUGUUCACAAAGAUGGCUUGCGAGCUGCGGAAGCUCCAAAGAAGAUAAGCGGAGUUCACAAACGUUGCUGGAAGUAUAUCCCUAACCUGUCAAAGGCCACACCUGCAGUAAACUCUGCAACUGCCGCCCAAGUACAAGCUGCCUGAUCUGUCUAUUUGUGGGUACUUCUUUUCUAUUUUCCUGUUCUUUUUCCUUUGGAAGAUACAGCUUUUGUUAUUUGAUAGUCCCCUCUCAAUGUGCCGGUAGCUUUGUAAGGAAUGAUCCAUAAUCUUCUUUGUCUAAAAUUGAUAUGAGACUAAACUAAAAAGGAGAAUUCACAGUUA